UGUCGCGCCUUCACAAACUACAUUCGUCUGGCCAUGCUGCAUUUAACCAUAUUGGGCUGGCAGCACCAUCUGGUGGGCAUGGAGAGUCCCUAUCUCAGCCAUAAUUUGUGCCUGCGUGGUAUUCCGCACCUUGCUCGCCUCUAUGCGGCUGAGAAGUAUGCGGAAACGGAGGGUAAAUCAGGCGGCAUUUAA